CGAUCCAGUGACGAGGGCUGUGCAUCAUUCCGAGCAUUCAUCAUACCGAAGACAAAACAGAUAAACUGAAAGAAUUCACAGGGAAAUAAAGAAUGUAAACGAGACCGGAACAGUCUCCUGUGGAAAGCGAAAUAUCCACAGUUGAUCCCAUAACACUGGUGAUCUGGAACAGGUCACUGUGUCGGCCUGUCUGGGUAUUGUUCCAUCAGUGAAGCCCCAGAAAGAUAAGGUUCCUGUGGAUAGAUUUUGUCAAGUUGAUUUCUUAACUUUAAAACACCUGGUAAUGAUGAGAUCAACAGAUUUUUACACUUGUGUGGUUACCUUGGCCAUGCUAAUUUGCAUACCGGAGUUAAGGUGCUCUGUUAUUCGCAAACAGCACAGAAGAAACAUACAACUGUCUGAGGGUUCUACUGCAAGGCUAGAAGAGAUUAAAAUCCACAAUGAGAACAGAGACAUAGUGAUGAGCAACACAGUGAUAAAUGGAGAAAUACUAAGUUCCACUGCUUCUAGUAAUAAUUUAAGCUCUUUAGAAAAUGCUACUGCAGGAUUAAAUACCAGUACUGUUGCUGCAGAAGCAGUACAGCAAACUAGUAAAACUGGAAACGAAAAUGUAAUCACUGUAUCCAGCCUGGAUAUUUUACUUACACCUACAACAGUGGUGCCAUUUCAGAAACCGUUGAAAAUAACAGUAAAAGAUGAACAAAUUAACCAAAACCUGCAGACUAAACAAAAGGAUUUAAUUACAAACUCCACUCCUAAUCAGGCUGUUGACUUCAGUGAUGUUCAAACAACAACAGAAGUCGUACUGAAUGAUACAACCACCCAUAGAGAGGAAAAAUCUGGAAGCGUGAAGAGCAAUGGACAAAUGUCAAUUUCAACUCUGUUCAGUUCGAUGACUAAAAAUGGAAGUAGUGAAGAGGCAACAGCAACAGCUGACUCCAGUGAGAACUUUAUGCUGAAUAGUCAUGACACCACAGCAUUGCCUCUUACCAGUCAAACAAUACAAACUGUAAGUACCUCACAAAAAAAUGUCGAAGUAUUGACUUCAGAAAUGCUAAACUUUUCAGAAUUUACAAAUGUAGGAAAUGUAAAAGAUGAAGAAGUCACAGCAACAGUAGUUAAUGAGUCGGUGGGUACCUCCUUCAGUUGGAAAGGAAAUAGUCCAAAUGCUGGCAAAGAAAUGAAUGAGAUCAUGGCAACUACAGGGAGUGCAGUAACAGACAGCAAGGCUCCAAAUGCAUUUCAGGUGACCACCACCCCUAGAGUCACAACAGCAAUCAAGGAGGCUGGCAUCACGGAGACGGUUGCAUCAGUUUCUACAGAGACUGCUCAAACAAUAUUAGUAACCAGUACUGCAGCUAUAAUUGGAACAACAAAACAAAUAGAUAAAGGAUUGAGCGAAAGAUUGGCAGUAACAAAUGGGAUUCCUGGCGUCCAAUCUGCUUUGCCAACAGCUCCACUGUCUGAGAAACCAGUUUCAGAAGUAACCACAGACUCGACAAAAGAAAUGCUAUCUAUAACUCCUGCAGAACUGAUGCUGCAGCAUGCUGUAACACCAGGUACAAAGAUAACCCAGGCAAUUACAGCAGGAACCACUGCACUGCAAACCAUAUCAAGAAAAGCUAAGAAAACUUCUGCAGGAGCUUCUGAUUCAACAGAUAAAACAUUGCAGUUAAUCUUAACAACAUCUGGGCCAUCUGCGGGAGUCACUGUUCCACCAUCAAACUCGGAAGAGGAACUUGAAUCAGAAGCAGGGGCUAGUGCAACCGCAUUACUGCAACAGGAAUCAGUAGAUUUGAGAGAAAAUAUAUCUGCCACUACAGCUGGAUCAAGCAUUGAAACAAUUCAUGCAACAUUGCUAACAUCUGUCACAAAACCAAUGGGAGUAAUGAUAACUACAUCUUCAAUUUCACCACCACCUGUAUUAAGAGAUAACAUUCUAUCAAAUUCAGGAGUAACUACAUCACCAUCUAUAAGACACUCAGAACCAGCAACAUACAUGCUGGACACAGCAGAGUCAGAAGAGGAAGAAGAUAAUGAAGAUGAGGAAGAUGAUGAGGAUGAAGAUGAAGACAUUGAUAUAGAUGAGGACAGUAUGGAUUAUGAUACCGAGGUACCUUCACUGUCGUAUAUAACACCUGGAGGUUCCAUAAGGGGCAACAAAAACUUGACCAAAAUGAUGGAGAUGUCAUAUCAACUUCCGGAUUCCUUCGAAUGGAACCAGCAUGACCAAGGUACUAACAUUCUUGUUAGAAGCUGGCUAGAGAAAAUCAAAAAUAAAGCAGGAUAUAUGUCAGGGAUGUUGGUGCCUGUAGCUGUUGGUGUGGCUGGAGCUCUCUUCAUCCUUGGGGCUCUCUAUAGUCUUAAGGUGAUGAAUCGAAAGAGGAAAAAUGUUUUUAAAAGGCGUGAAACAAAGCCGAGAGAUUUCACCAGCAUGCAAGACCAUGUGAUGCUACUAGCCGACAGUUCGGAAGAUGAAUUUUAAGUAUGAAAUGAAUCUUCAAUAUUACACAACUACAUGAAGCUGCACUGGAAUUGGAGGUGCAGGAUGUCACUACUAUGUGCUACUAGCUUUCUGUUUUCUUUUAAAUGUUGAAAAAUAAUUAAGAUUGCCGAAAUUAUUUGUGAUAUACUGUAAAGCCUUGUUUAUUAGAUACUUGUUUCACAGCAACAGCCCCCCUUGGAGUUCACUAUAAAUUUAUUCUGAAGAACUGACAUAACCAAAUGUUCCGUGUUGAUGUUGUUAUAUCUAAUAAUUGCUUGGUUGCUGUAAUUUCAAAACUGCAGUUUUUAUAUUUUGUUAUUUAAAUUCCAUACAUGCUUUUGGAGAUGAGAGGCACAUGCUGGGUACUUCAACCUUGGUUAGUAGGGAACUAUGAAGUUGGGCAAAUACACUGUACUUUGCAUCCAGAACUGAAGUCAGUGGAACGAAUUUGAAAACAGAACAGCAAUAUGCCGGAGCAUUGGUGUAUUGAAGUAACUGAACAAGGACAGAUUUCUAGUAAAAUGAUGACUUUAAACAGCCUUUGUCAAGUAGUUCAUGAAUUAGUAACACAUUUAAUUAUUGUUUAUUCUUCUCCUUUAGUUUCACUGCACUGUUAAAUCCAUGAACAAGGCCACAGAUUCCUGGAGUUGUUGUAAACAAGGCCAUGUCUCACUGUUCAUCUUUCUCAGACUACAAUAUUCUCAAAUUUAGGAGAACUAAGUUUCAGUGUGAUUCAUUGCAUAACUAACAGCCCUAUUUAGUGGAAAUAUCAGAAAUAACAGGUUACUUAAUUAUUAAAUAUGUUAUAUAAUACCACAUAUAACUUGGCUUAUUAGAAAAAAUGAGUAUUAUAUUUAUACCAUAGGCCUAGAUUGUCAUUUUCCAUCUGGCAUUGUGUUAAUAUUUUGUUUCAUACUUGUUGAACAGCUUUUCUAUCAAUUCUGCUCGAUUCUUCCAAAUGUAAGGCGUAGUUUUGGACACUGCGAUGGACUCAAGCUUGGCUAGACUUUAUGUGGAACAGAUUUUUGUUUUAUUUCUUUUGUGUUCUCUUACACACAACUGGAACAUCAAAGGCACUUGUGUGAUUUCCUGUAUUUGGGUAGAACUCAAACAUUUCAUUACUUUUACUGCCAUUUUUCACCGUGAUUUCAUCUUAACAUGAUACAUAUGAUUCUUUCCUUCCCUUUCUGACUUCUCUAUCAUCAUAUCAGGGACAGGCCAAUGAUAAACACCAGCCUACAUACGCACAGCUAACUAGACUAUUCUUCUUCUCACCUCUCCUAUUGUAGGGCUUCAUUCCAUUCUCUCGGUUCUCUCCUCACUGCUAUAUUUGCUUUGAGAUCUUUUUCUUUUUGAUAAACCACUGCUUUCCCCCUACCAGAGCUGAUAGAGAUCCUAGCUACAUCUCAUCCAUCUCCCAUACGUCUGACCCGACCAUCUCUUCUGGACAGAGUUAGAAUUGUUCCCCUGGUCUUCAAUUUCCAGCCUGCAGUCUCAACAUUCAACAAAUCAUCCUUCACAAUUUCUGCUAGCGUCAAGUAUCCAUCACCAAACAUAUCUCCCCAUCCCCUCCCCUGGCAACAUUUUGAUGAGACAGUUAGCUAUUCCUGCUCUGUUAUUCUGGUCCCAACAGCCACUCCUCACUCAUGCUCCCACACAGCUUCCACACCUGUCCUUUCAUCUCUUCCUUUCCACCAUACAGAGACCCAGUCUUUUCUGGUGAAGCAGUAAUUCUCCUGCACCUUGUCCAAUCUGAGGUACUACAUUCCAUGUUCACAAUGUGGUCUCUUCGAUACUGGAGAACCAUAUGCAAACUGUGGUCCAGAUUCUACUUCAUAUAACUUGCUUUCAGAACUUGCCAGUCAAUCCGUGACAUUCACUCGGUCACUCAUUCUCCAAUUGCAGAACUGAUCUGCUGAGCAUGUUCCUCGGCUCUGCAUUUCACAACUUUUACAAUGCUUUGUUUCUGUUGUUUCUUUCUACCUCUCUUCAUUUCAUACAUGACAUUGACGUUCUCUCUUUUUCUCUAAAUAUCCCAUUAACUGGAUGACUUUAAUUACAAACAUGAGAAAAUCUGCAAAUGCUUAAAGUCCAGAAUGACACACACGAAAUACUGGAGGAACUCAGGAGGUCAGGCAUCUGUGGAAAUGAAUAAACAGUCAGUGUUUCGGGCCGAGACUGGUCCUGAAGAUGGGUCUCAGCUCAAAACAUUGAUUCUUCAUUUAUUUCACACCGUAACAAAAAUAUUCUCCUUUUCCAUUGAUCCAUCUUCCACCCUCUCUGAUAUUUAAAAUGACCCCACUUUCACCUUUUCCCGAUUCUAAUGAAGAGUCUUUGACCUGAAAGACUGUUUCCCUGUUUCCCUUUCCCUGUGCCGUUUCCACAGAUGUUGCCUAACCUACUGAGAAUUCCCAACUAUCAUUUCAGCUUUUUUACUUUGUUUUUUUUUGUUUCACAACCACUAGUAAAAUCAAAAGUGCAAUUGAACACCAGCACAUAUGUUUAAAAUAAAAUAUUAAAUCUCAUUUGAUCAUACCUCUCAACUGUUGAAGUACUGCUUGCUGAAGUUCGCAGUUUGGUUCUUUGCAAAAAAAGCAAGAGAUAUUUUUCUUGCUGAAAAUGCUUAGUUGUCAAAUGUCAUCUCAGCUCAUUUAUCUUACAAAGCAGGCGUUGCAAACGCUCUCCUGAAUUACACAUCACUUAUGUGAACCCUAAAUUUAGAAAACCUUCACAAUAUUUGCUACUCACUUUCCAGUAGUAUUUGAGGCAUGCGAGGCAAUGUUAUAUUUACAAAUAUGAGGAAGUGUGUGGAUGCUGGAAAUCCAUAGCAACACACACAAAAUGCUGGAGGAACUCAGUGGGUCAGGUAACUUCUAUGGAAAUGAAUGAACAGUUGACAUUUCGGGCUGUGACCCUUCUUCAGAACCGUAAAGGAGGGGGGAUAACCAGAAUAAAAGGUGGGGGCACGAGAAAAAAGCCAGCCAGAGGUGAUAGGUGAAGCCAGGUGAGUGGGAAAGGUCAAAGACUGGAUAAGAAGGAAUCUGAUAGGAGAGGAGAGUGGACCAUAGGAGAAAGGGAAGGAGGAGAGGACCCAGGGGAAGUGAUAGGCAGGUGAGAAAAGGUAAAAGCUCAGAGUGCAGAUUGGAGGAAGAGGCGGAAGGAGGUAGCUAUGUUUAUAAAAUAUCUACUUUUCACUUUCCUUGAGUAUUUAAGGCUUCAGAGACAAUGUUAUAUUUUAAUAAAGUCAUUCAUGAUUGGCAGUUGAACUUCAGACAGAGAGAGCACAUUUAUGAUUGACUGUAAUUUCAAGUGAUUCACUGAUCUCCAAUCAAGAAUUUGAAGGAAAUACAAUUUUUCAGAAGCUUGAUUGUUCAACGGUUUCAAUUCAAAUGUUUUGAUUAAUAGUAAGUUGGUAAUAAUGUAUACUUAAGAAGGAGUGCAUGGCUUUUUGCUGUGAGAUUUUCUCCUUUUCAGUAAGAUAUCUGGGUUCAGUGAUGUGUUUUUCCCCAUCCUUAGUCACUUGCUGGGCCUCCUUCACAAAGAUUCCUAUCUCUCUUCUUCCCCAAGUUCCAGCUGGGUAUUUUUUCUCACUAUAUGCAAGAAGAGGGUGGGAUGGUGGUUGAUAAUAGUUAUGAAAACAGUGCUGUGUUGCUAAAUGCAUAAUCUGGUGCAUCAGACAUGGCAGCUCACAUUCAUCUUUUCUUUUGCAAUUUAAUUAAAUUAGAAAUGAAAGUGAAAUUUAACAGAUGUCCACUGUGCUUGAACACAGCUCAGUAGCAUUACUGAUCAUAGCACUGGCUUAAGGCUUCAACCUAAUCAGUGUGGAGGAAAUAAAAUAUGGAAUUAUAUUUCAGUCACAAUGAUAUGGACAUUUCAUUCUUAGUUUAUAACUUCGUAGAUUACAGCUCUUCUUGAUCACUGCCACUCUUUCAGUUAGUGAGUUGCAAAACUUCACUACUCUCUGCAGCUAUAAGGAACCCUCAGGGAUAUGCAGGACUUGAUCUAAGAUUUUUCUUCCAAGAUCAAUUCCUCCAGGCUGCCAGUCUGUCUGAUAAAGCAGACUGAGAGGUUGGAAGGGUCAUUGGUGAAGGCAGAUGGAUUUUCAGAAGGAUUAGAAAGCCAGAUAUUACAGAUAGAUAGAUGAACAGAUUGGGAUCAUAGGGAUUGAGGGCAACAUUUGGAUAUCACAGAGAUAUCAUGAAACUCCAGGAUUUGAUAAUAGGGUCUGCAGAGUUGUCAGAGAGGACAUUUUCUCCUCCAGACACAAAAGCAAAUUGUUUUCACCUUUGUAUAUACUUCCACAGAAAAAAUAGUUCAUGCAUGAAAAUGGAGUUUACCUGGCAUAUCUUAUAAAUUGAGGUCCUAUUAAGAACAGAUACAAGGAAAAUUCUGGUCAUAGUUUUAUUAUAACUUCAAGUGUGACAGGAUAGGACAAAGAUGUGAAGAUGUUGAAUGGAGUUUCAUUUUUCCUUUUAAUUGGGAAUUUAAUUGUAGGGCCAUUUUUUUACAUGCCUGCUAGAUAGCCACUAGAUAAGGACUGUUUUGAAGAAAAGGGGUCACCAUUCAUGUUUACAAACAACAAAUUUUGAGUAGUAUGUAAUUUGGUUCAGUAUCAUAUGCCCUGGUUGGGAAAAGCUAUUGCCUUCCUUCCAUGAGUGAAUGAAUUAUUAGUUGCAGUGAAUUCCAGCAUAAAGUUGGGGCACAUUAUGCAGCUGAUGUAAAAAAUGCCCAUGCCCUGCCUUUGUAAACCAUAUCACUUCUUAUGAACAAUGAUUGUGGAAUGAAAUUCCCUGUGUAUUUAAACUGUUUGAGUUAUAACCAGAACAGUUAUUAAUGUAAUUGUGGAAUG